UAACGGUCAGGAUUCCACAUUGAGAACCCGGGAACGGGCUGCCCGAUUUUCUUACUGCAUGUGCACGCUUGUGUGAUUUUGUCGCUUAACCUCAAAACGACAUCAUACAAAAACCACUGACGAGAUCUCUCGUAAACCCCAGCAAGUGGCAGGAACAAUUAUACUCCGAAGGAACACUCACCGGUCACGAGGAUCGUCUUCGCUAUUGAAUAAAAAUGGCAGGAUCAGCUGCGGCCUCCACGGAAGGCAAUGGCGGGGAGGAGGUUUCGUUGAAGGAUAAGGGUAAUGAAUUCUUCAAAGCAGGAAACUAUCUUAAAGCUGCUGCUCUCUACACUCAGGCCAUCAAGCUCGACCCUUCAAAUCCCACUCUCUACAGCAACCGUGCUGCUGCAUUUCUGCAAUUGGUUAAGCUUAAUAAAGCACUUGCUGAUGCUGAGACAACAAUCACAUUGAACCCCCAAUGGGAAAAGGGUUAUUUCAGGAAAGGGUGUGUAUUAGAGGCCAUGGAACGGUAUGAGGAUGCCUUGGCUGCUUUCCAAACAUCUUUACAGUACAAUCCACUUAGCACUGAGGUAUCAAGAAAGAUUAAGAGGAUAUCCCAGUUGGCAAAAGAGAAAAAACGAGUUGAAGAAGUGGAGAGCAAAAGAUACAAUGUUGACAUGGCGAAGCACUUGGAUACAUUGAAAUCUGAAAUGUCUGAAAAGAUUGGAUCUGAAGAAUGUUGGAAAGAAAUGUUCUCUUUCCUUGUUGAGACAAUGGAGAAAGCUGUAAAAUCAUGGCAUGAAACUUCCAAAGUUGAUCCUAGGGUCUACUUUCUUCUCGAUAAGGAAAAGACAGAGACGGAUAAAUAUGCUCCAGUUGUCAAUAUUGAUAAGGCCUUUGAAUCGCCCCAUACACACAGCAGUUGUGUCACAUUUCUUAGACAGUAUGCUGAGGAGUCUUUCUCACAAGCAGCUUGCUUAGUUGUGCCUAAAAGUAUCAUAUCUUACCCACAGGUGUGGAAAGGUCAAGGAUCAAGGAAAUGGAAGCAUGGGCAACAUGAUGGUUUCUUUGUACAAUUGGAGUGCCCUUUCUUUCGAAAAUUAUGGUUUAUUCCUAGUACCAGUGAGAAGGGUCAAACACUAUGCAGGGAUCCAGAGCCUCUAGACAUUAGCGCACAUGAAGUGCUUCCACGCUUGUUCAAAGAGAAGCUGGCCAACUCUUAGUGAAUCCACACAUCUUUUAUAUGGUAUCUACCCGAGGAAAUAGAAUGUGCAUUUCGAUGGGAGGGUUGCAUACGAAGAAGACAAACCAGGCUUGUGUUGACUUGUCUAUGAUAUCAGAGCUCCUGGUUAGAUGUAAGCACUUUCAAGAAGGUGCUUUUUGUUAGCCAAAGUGUGCAUGUAUUCUUUUUCUUUUUCUUUUUAUUAUUAUUAUUAUUAUUAUUAUUAUUAUUAUUAUUAUUUUACAUCUAUUGGUAUUAUGCAGGUUGUUUAAGUUAUUGCAUUUUCUUUUUGUAUGAUUUGCUUUUCCUGUCUUGUAUUGGCUAGGAGGGCUUCGGUUUGGCCCCUAUGUUGAGUAGGUUAUUCCCCAUCCCAAUUAUAGAAUGCUAGCAUCUGUAUUUCUGAAGCAUACAGCAGCUUGAUGUACAACGCAACCAUUGGCUUGUGAUUUUUUGGAAUUGCAACAUACUUUUUGGAGGGUGCUGAAGAUAAUUCUGGGUCUAUUUUGCUUAAUAAUUGCUGAUAACAUUAGUACGAAAAAUGAUUCAGAAGUUAAAUUCUAAACAUGUCAUACAUUAAAUAUAGUCAAAUUGAAGAAGGUACCAUCAGAUUAGAAUCAAACAGAGACAAAUGCUCAUCAGGUAGGAGAUAAUUUUUAGAGUAGUGUCUAGGUCUUUUUGUGUUGUGAUUGAAUUUGGAAAUAAAUACGUAAGUUUCAUUAUUAAGAGGUUUUGACAGUUGCUUA